AUGGCCAAGACAGUCGUGAUCCUGGGAGGAUCGUAUGCCGGCCUCCAUAUUGCACACUACCUGCUCAAGCAGAAGAUUCCUGACCUCAAGGUCAUCCUCGUGUCAAAGAGCUCGCACUUCUACUGGAACAUGGCGUCAGUCCGCGCCAUCGUCCCGGGCCAGAUUGCGGACGAGCAGCUCUUCCAGCCGCUCUCGGCCGCGCUCGAGCGGUACCCCAAGGAGACCUACGAGGUCAUCGUCGGCGCGGCCGGCAAGGUCGACACGGGCUCCAAGACCGUCCUGGUGUCGCUGCCGGGCUCGUCGCGCUCCCUGAGCUACGACCACCUGGUGGUCGCCACCGGGUCGCGGUCCACCACGUCCAGCGUGCCCUGGAAGAUCCUCGACAGCUACGACGAGACGGUGUCGAACCUGGACGCGACCAGGGAGCGCGUCAAGGAGGCGAAGCACAUCGUCGUGGCGGGCGCCGGCGCGACGGGCAUCGAGGUCGCGGGCGAGCUGGGGUGCGAGUACGGCAAGGACAAGGAGGUCCACCUCCUGUCGGGCGGGCCCUCGCUCCUCGACGGCGACUCGGUCGGCCCGGCCGCCCUGGCCGAGCUCAAGAAGCUGCACGUCCACGUGCGCUUCGACGCCCGCGUCACCGGCAGCAAGGAGCUGCCCGACGGCAAGACCGAGGUCUCCCUGCAGAGCGGCGAGACCAUCACCACGGACCUGUACCUGCCCACGAUAGGCAUGCGCGCCAACAGCGAGAUGAUGGACCAGCAGUACCUGACGGACAAGGGCUACGUGAGCGUCGACGAGUACUACCGGGUCAAGGGCCUGGAGAAGGAGGGCGUCUGGGCCCUCGGGGACGUCGUCAGCGUGCCGAGGGGUGGCUUCCUGUUCACGCAGAAGCAGGCCGCCGGCGUAGGGAAGAACGUCGAGCUUGCCCUCCAGGGCAAGGAGCCCCAGGUCGUAAAGCUGAUGCCCGUGGAUAUUAUGGCAUGCGCCGUGGGCAGGAAUCGGGGCGCAGGCAGGAUGGGACCCGUCAAGAUGCUGUCUGUCAUGGUGUGGUUGGCUAAGGGAAAGACCUUGGGUAUACAGCGGUUCCCUGGGUAUAUCAGCGGCAGCGUGGCUUAG